AAGAGUUUUAGACAACACUCAGUCCUAAUUCAGUUUAAGAAAAUGACCUCAGGAAAUGAUUGUUUUCAAUCUGGUGAAAAUAAGGAAUGCUUUACUGGAAAAUUCAGCUUAUUCAAUCUUAUGAGGAACCGCCUGAAAUGCAAACAUAUCAACAUAAUCAAGGGGAAGUGGCCAGCAGUUUAAGUUCAGAUCUCAACAGACAACAGAUAUGUCACCCUGAAAAAGUGCUUUAUUUUUGUAGUGUUUGUGGGAAGGCCUUUAGCCAGAAUCGAAAGCUCACUGACCAUCAUAAAAUUCACACUACAGAAAAACCUUAUGAUUAUAAUCAUUGUGGAAAAGGAUUCAGGCAGAAUGUCAAACUAGCUCAACAUCAGAAAAUCCACACUGGAGAGAAACCUCAUAAAUGUCAUGCCAGUGGAAAGACUUUCAGAAAGAGAAUCAAUCUUGGUGAACAUCAGAAAAAUCAUGGAGAGAAGCAUUAUGAUUAUAAUCAAUGUGGAAAGGCUUUUCAACAUAGUUCGAAUCUUGCUAUACAUCAGAAAAACCACACUAAUGAUACAUCUUCUGAAGGUCGUAAAUGUGGCAAAGCUUUUGAUGAACACUCUUCCCUUAUUGCACAUCAGAGAAUCCACACUGGAGAGAAACCUUAUGAAUGUCAUCAGUGUGGAAAGACUUUCACACAGAAUUCCCAUCUUUCUAAACAUCAGAGAAUCCACACUGGAGAGAAACCUUAUGAAUGUAAUCAGUGUGGAAAAGCUUUUACACAGAACUCUAUGCUUGCUGUACAUCAGAGAAUCCACACUGGAGAGAAACCUCAUGAGUGUCAUGAAUGUGGUAAAGCUUUUGGUGUAAACUCUUCCCUUAUUAAUCAGAGAAUCCACAAUGGAGAGAAACCUUAUGAAUGUCAUCAGUGUGGAAAAGCUUUCACUCAGAAUGCCAAUCUUCUGAAACAUCAGAAAAUACAUACUGGAGAGAAACCUUAUAAAUGUCAUCAGUGUGGAAAAGCUUUCACAGAGAACUCCAGUCUUGCUGUACAUCAGAGAAUCCACACUGGAGAGAAACCUUAUAAGUGUAAUCAAUGUGGAAAGGCUUUCACACGGAAUUCGAGUCUCGUUGUACAUCAAAGAAUUCAUACAGGAGAGAAACCUUAUGAAUGUACUCAGUGUGGAAAGGCUUUUACAGAGAACUCCAAACUUGCCCUACAUCAGAGAAUCCACACUGGAGAAAAACCUUACAAAUGUAAUCAGUGUGGAAAGGCUUUCCCCUAUAGGGCUCUUCUUGCUUACCAUCUGAAAAUCCACACUGGAGAGAAACCUUAUGAAUGUAAUCAGUGUGGAAAGGCUUUUACACAGAACUCUAUGCUUGCUGUACAUCAGAGAAUCCACACUGGAGAGAAACCUUAUGAAUGUAAUCAAUGUGGAAAGGCUUUUACACAGAUCUCUAUGCUUGCUGUACAUCAGAGAAUCCACACUGGAGAGAAACCUUAUGAAUGUAAUCAGUGUGGAAAAACUUUCCGACAGAACACCAGUCUUAUUGUACACCAGAGAAUUCACACUGGAGAGAAACCUUAUGAAUGUGAUCAAUGUGGGAAGGCUUUCAAAGAGAACUCCAAACUUGCUGUACAUCAGAGAAUCCACACUGGAGAGAAACCUUACAAGUGUAAUCAGUGUGGAAAGGCUUUCCGGUGUAGCUCCAGUCUUGCUGUACAUCAGAAAAGCCACACUGGAGAGAAACCUCAUGAGUGUCAUGAAUGUGGUAAAGCUUUUGGUGAAAACUCUUCCCUUAUUGCACAUCAGAGAAUCCACACUGGAGAGAAACCUUAUGAAUGUAAUCAGUGUGGAAAGACUUUCACACAGAAUUCCCGUCUUUCUAAACAUCAGAGAAUCCAUACUGGAGAGAAACCUUAUGAAUGUCAUCAGUGUGGAAAAGCUUUCACAGAGAACUCCAGUCUUGCUGUACAUCAGAGAAUCCACACUGGAGAGAAACCUUAUGAGUGUAAUCAAUGUGGAAAGGCUUUCACACGGAAUUCGAGUCUCGUUGUACAUCAAAGAAUUCAUACAGGAGAGAAACCUUAUGAAUGUACUCAGUGUGGAAAGGCUUUUACACAGAAUUCCAAACUUGCCCUACAUCAGAGAAUCCAUACUGGUGAGAAACCUUAUGAAUGUAAUCAGUGUGGAAAAACUUUCAAAAAGAACUCCAGUCUUGCUGUACAUGAGAGAAUCCACACUGGAGAGAAACCUUACAAGUGUAAUCAGUGUGGAAAGGCUUUCCCCUAUCGGGCUCUUCUUGCUUACCAUCUGAAAAUCCACACUGGAGAGAAACCGUAUGAAUGUAAUCAGUGUGGAAAGACUUUUACAAAUAAGUCCAGUCUUGUUAGACAUGUGAGAAUCCAUACUGGAGAGAAACCAUAUGAAUGUAAUCACUGUGGAAAGACUUUCACAAAUAGAUCGAGUCUUGCUAUACAUCAGAGAAUCCAUACUGGCGAGAAGCCUUAUGAAUGUCAUCAGUGUGGAAAAGCUUUCACUCAGAAUGCCAAUCUUCUGAAACAUCAGAAAAUACAUACUGGAGAGAAACCCUAUGAAUGUCAUCAGUGUGAAAAGGCUUUCAAAGAGAACUGCAGUCUUGCUGUACAUCAGAGAAUCCACACUGGAGAGAAACCUUAUGAAUGUCAUCAGUGUGGAAAGGCUUUCAAAGAGGACUCCAGUCUUACUUACCAUCUGAAAAUCCACACUGGAGAGAAACCGUAUGAAUGUUAUCAGUGUGGAAAGACUUUCAUAAAUAAGUCCAGUCUUACUAUACAUAAGAGAAAACAUACUGGAGAGAAACCAUAUGAAUGUAAUCACUGUGGAAAGACUUUCACAAUUAGAUCGAGUCUUGCUAUACAUCAGAGAAUCCACACUGGCGAGAAGCCUUAUGAAUGUCAUCAGUGUGGAAAAGCUUUCACUCAGAAUGCCAAUCUUCUGAAACAUCAGAGAAUCCACACUGGAGAGAAACCUUAUGAAUGUCAUCAGUGUGGAAAGGCUUUCACACACAAUUCUAAACUUGCUUGCCAUCAGAGAAUCCACACUGGAGAAAAACCUUAUGAAUGCCGUCAGUGUGGAAAAGCUUUCACUCAGAACUCCCAUCUGUCCAAACAUCAGAGAAUACACACUAAUGUGAUGGGUGAAAUCUGAAUUAACUGAAGAAACAAAGGACUGAACAUCUGAGCAUGUUGAUUUAUUAAGUGAUACAUGCCAAUUGCUUAACAGAUCAAGACCAAGCAUCCUUUCCAAGUUGGGAGGGAGAGGAGCAAGUUUUAUGAAUUGGAAGGGUCUGGAGAAGCAAGCAAGUGAAUUUUUCUGGAUAUGAAACAGGAUGUCAUAUAAGCCCUUUUCUUAGCAAGCAGGUGGAAUUUAUACAGGAAAAGGAAUUUUAGAACUCAAAAUAGUUUUAUGAGGAGUCAGUUUGGUUCACAUAAUUCUCAAAAAUUUCACUGGAAAUUACAUGAAUGUUUUCAUUGUGCAAGGGUCGUUACUUGGAAUUAAAAUCCUGCCAUUCAUCAGGGAUGCCACACUGGAGAGGAAAUUUAUGAUGUUAACCAAUGUGGAAAGACUUUCCCAUAUAGGAUCCAUCUUGCUUACUCUUUGAGAAUCUACUCUGGAAAGAAACUUUAUGAAUCUAUAAUCAAUUUGGAAAAGCUUUUGCAUGGAAUUUUAGUCUUGCUGUACCUCAGAGAAGCCACAAAGAAAAAAUUUAUAAUUAUAAUCAAGGUGUAAAGGCUUUUCCAUUAUAGAACCCAUCUUUCUUACUAUGUGACAAUUCAUAUUGGAGAGAAAUUUUAUGAAUGUGAUCAAUGUGGAAAAUCAGACACAAUCAGACAAGUGUUCCUCUUCAUUAGAGAACCCACAAUGGGGAGAAAAAAAAAAACUUAUGAAUAUGGUAAACCCUUCAAUAAGAUUCAUGCAUUAUUUUCCACCAGAGAUUUCUGUUAGAAAUUUUACUGCUAUAAUGAAUGAGGAAAGACAUUUAAGUGAAGUACAGAGCUUUUUCAACGUUAGAAAUUUUAUUUUGAACAGAUGCUCUAUAUGAAUUUGGUGGGAGAAGACCUUCAACUAGAGACCAUCUCUUACUUUGCAUCAAAGGAUUCAUAAUGGAGAGAAAUUGUUCAAUGUAAAGAUGAUUUUCUCUGGAAGAAGAUCACCAGAAAGCAGAAUAUACAUACAGGAAAGGAGGUUUAUAAAAAGCAAUGUCUUUUAUCAAUGUCAGGGCCUUUACAUGGAGAUCAUAUCUGAUUAUACAAGAAAUCCUGUGGCAUCUAAAACUUUUAGAUCUAAGCAACGAGGAAAGGCCUUUUCCUGCAGUUUAGAUUUUGUUAUACACCUCAAAUUUUAUACUGUUCAUGAUGUCCUAUAAAUAUAACUUCUCUCUUUGAAAUUCUAAUGGUUGUCAUUACUUCUCAGUAAUAUUUGAUAGUGUUUUUCUGCCAUAAUUUCUUUCAAUUCCCUAAUUGAUUUGUACUUAUUUUGUUUCCUAUUCUUUGGUGGCACUAAAUGUCCUGGUAUAAAUGUUUUGUUCUCUUUUGGUUAUUUAUUUCUAUGGGAUUUCUUUAGUUAGGUGUCACAGUUGAUAGUGUCCUAUGCUAGGAACCACAAGACCUGAGUUAAAAUUAAAUGUCUUAACACUGAUUAGCUACGUUACCUGAGCAAGUCAUUUAAUCUAUUCCUGCUUGUUUUUUUCUGUUUGUAGAAUGAGGAUAGUAAUAGUAGCUAUAUUCUGUGGUUGAUAUUCAGAAUAAAUAAUAAUGCAGUAUUUGUAAAGAAUUUUGCAUGUAUUGAAUCACAAUGGAAAAAUUAGCUUUUGUUAUUUGUUUCAUGGGCUAUAAGUCUCAUAAUAGAGUUAGGGUAAAAUGUGUGGACAGUUUAGUCAUUUUUCAUUCAAAUUGAGAUUCAGAACAGGGUAGAGCAGGUAGAAAAUUUUUUUCAUUUUUUUUUAAAGCUUUUUAUUUACAAAGCAUAUGCAUGGGUGAUUUUUCCAACAUUCACCCUUGCAUAGUCUUUUGUUGCAACUUUUCCCCUCCCCCCCAACCCCUCCCCUAGCAAGUAGUCCAAUACAUGUGAAAUAUAUUGAAAAUCUGUUAAAUCCAAUAUGUGUAUACAUAUUUAUACAGUUAUCUGAUUGUGCAAGAAAAAUCAGCUCAAGAAGGAAGAAAAAGAAAAACAGAAAAAAAAUGCAAGCAAAUAACAACAGAGAGAUUGAAAAUGCUAUGUUGUGUUCCACACUCAGUUCCCAUGGUUCUCUCUCUGGAUGUAGAUGGCUGUCUUCACUGCACAAGUGGAACUGGUUUGAAUCAUCUCAAUAUUGAACAGAACCAUGUCCAUCAGAAUUGAUCAUUGUAUAGUCCUGUUGUUACCAUGUACAAUGAUCUGGUUUUGCUCAUUUCUCUCAACAUCCAGUUCCUGAUCACUACAAAAUGCUGGAAAAUUGGAAAGAAAUCUGGAAGAAAGUAAAUAUAGACUAGUAUUCACACUAUGCCAAGAAUAGCUUGAAAUUAUGUGUGACUUUAAAAGGUCUCUUUAAACAUAUUGGAAUAACCAUGAAGAAAACAUUUCCGUUUUGGAUAGGGAAGGAUCCCAGGAAAUAAAUUUGGUAAUUUUCAUCACAUAAAAAA